AUGUCGUCUAGAAGCUCGAAAAUGUCGAAUAUAGUCAACUACAGACUUCGCAUCACCUUAUCCGAUUCACGUAUUUUGACCGGUCAAAUGUUGGCCUUUGAUAAACACAUGAACCUCGUGUUAGCUGAUUGUGAAGAAUUCCGUAAAAUCAACAAGAACGCCAAAGAUAAUUCUGCAGCAAACCUUGAACAAAAGAGAACCUUGGGUCUCGUUAUUUUGAGAGGUGAAACUAUUGUCAGCAUGAGUAUCGAUGGUCCUCCUCCACCAACUACAGAUGACAUUAGAUCAAGAGGUCCUGGUUUAAUGGCAGGUCCUGGCAUGGGAAGACCUAUGGGCCGUGGUUUGCCUGCUGCUCCUCCUCCAAUGGGUGGCCCAAUGGCUGGUCUCUCUGGUCCUGUUCGUGGCGUUGGUGGACCUGCUCCUGGCAUGAUGCAACCUAGACCUGGAUAUCAAGGUGCUCCUGUUGCAUACGGUCGUCCUCCCAUGCCUGGUCAAGGUAUGCCUCCCCCACAAGGUUUCCGUCCUCCUCCAGGUAUGCCCCCAAUGGGCUUCAGACCUCCUCCUGGUAUGCCUCCUCCAGGUUUCCGUCCUGGCAUGCCGCCUCAAGGUUUCCCUGGCGCUGGUAGAGGUGCGCCUCCACCACCAGGCAUGUAUCAACGCCCUCCUCCUCCUCAGUAA